AUGGUCUUUCCACGGCCGUCACAGCGUGAAGAUUUCGAGAUUGCCUUCAUAUGCGCCCUCGAAGUCGAAUUCGAAGCACUAUGCCUUGUCGUCGACGAAUUCUGGGACGAAGAAGAAAACGUUUACGGCAAAGUAGAUGGAGAUGCCAACAACUACCGUACCGGCCGCAUUGGCAAACACAACGUCGUCCUGCUGCUGCUAUCGCGCAUUGGCAAGGUCUCUGCAGCCAAUGCGGCAUCUAGCCUUCGCGCAAGCUUCCCUCGACUGCGUCUGGCCGCUUUGGUGGGGGGCUGCGCGGCGGCUCCUCGAAGCAAGCACACCGAUAUAUUACUUGGGGAUGUCAUCAUCAGCACCGGUGUAGUUCAAUACGACUUGGGCAGCAAGCAUCCAGGCGGAUUUGUACGAAAAGAUGGCGUCAAGAGCAGUCUGGGCAAGCCACACAAAGAAAUCGAAAACAUCUUAGCUGCGCUACAAGUGUCCACGAUGAAGGAUAAGCUCACGGGAAGGACAGCAAGUUUAUUGUUGAACAUGCAGGAAAGCACUUCCAGGCUUGGCUAUGGUGUCAAGUAUCAGUAUCCUGGUAUCCGUGAGGACAGACUUUUUGAAGCCAAUUACCUUCAUAAGCACCGAGCCACGGACUGCAUCAUCUGCAACCAAUCACCUGAUGCCGUGUGCAAAAAUGCGCUGCGCGCAUCCUGCGAAGAACUGAAUUGUCAAAGCCAUCAUUCGGUCUACCGGAAACGGCUUGAAGAAAAAUUGUUAUUGUGUCAAAAGGGGGACAUCUCGCAUCAAAAUCCAGCAAUAUGGUUCGGCACUUACGGCUCCGGUGAUACCGUGAUGAGGUCUGGCCAGGACCGAGACACCCUUGCGUUUGAAGAGGACGUGAUUGCCUUUGAGAUGGAGGCGGCUGGGAUAUGGGAAGAACUUCCCAGUAUCGUGAUAAAAGGAGCAUUUGAUUAUGGAGAUUCCCACAAGAAUAAGCGAUGGCAGGCAUUUGCUUCUGCAACGGCUGCUUGCGCCACGAGGGCAAUCGUAGAGCAACUUGCUUGGACAGAUAGAAGGGAGCUGAUGAUGUUUACACAAGGUAGAGUCAGACAUUGUUCAUGUGUACAGACGGAUGGUUUGACUGACACGUGCUGCAGUCAUCGAAGAGAACCAUACGAGCUACGGGGCCCAACAGACGAACGUGAUUAA